CGACGGGGGUGUAAAUGAGAAAGUACUCUGAAGGAUCAACAACAUCGGAACGGAUUCGGUAGAAGCGAUCACGAUCCGUCCUCGGCAGCAGCUCACUCGCUCUCGCGCUCACUUUCCGUUGCUCGUUUUCGAUCAUGGCCUACGAAGGUGUUCUCUUGGGGAUGGGGAAUCCCCUCCUCGACAUAUCCGCCGUUGUCGAUGAGGAAUUCCUCAACAAAUAUGAUCUCAAGCCAAACAAUGCAAUUCUUGCGGAGGAAAAGCAUUUGUCAUUGUAUGAUGAAUUAGCUGCAAAAUACAAUGUCGAAUACAUUGCUGGAGGGGCCACACAGAAUACAAUAAGGGUUGCGCAGUGGAUGCUUCAAAUUCCCGGUGCAACUAGCUAUAUGGGUUGCAUUGGAAAGGAUAAAUUUGGAGAGGAAACGAAGAAGAAUGCCGCCGUUGCAGGCGUUAAUGCUCAUUAUUAUGAGGAUGAAACAGCCCUGACUGGUACAUGUGCUGUAUGUGUUGUUGGUGGUGAAAGGUCCCUAGUUGCUAACUUAUCUGCAGCAAACUGCUAUAAAAUUGAUCAUCUGAAGAGACCAGAAAACUGGCAAUUAGUUGAAAAGGCAAAGUACAUUUACAUAGCUGGCUUUUUCCUAACGGUGUCUCCUGAUUCCAUCCAACUUGUAGCUGAGCAUGCUGCUGCAAAGAAUAAGGUCUUUAUGAUGAACCUCUCUGCUCCUUUUAUCUGUGAAUUCUUCCGAGAUGCCCAGGACAAAGCUCUACAUUAUGUGGAUUUUGUCUUUGGUACUGAAACUGAAGCGAGGACCUUUGCAAGAGUCCAUGGAUGGGAGACAGAAAAUGUUGAGGAGAUUGCAGUAAAGAUCUCAGCUCUGCCCAGGGCAUCAAAGACACAUAACAGAAUUACUGUCAUCACACAGGGUUGUGAUCCAGUUGUUGUUGCUGCUGAUGGAAAGGUGAGAUUGUUCCCUGUUAUCUUGUUACCAAAAGAGAAGCUUGUCGAUACCAAUGGCACAGGUGAUGCAUUUGUUGGAGGAUUUCUGUCUCAACUGGUCCAAGAGAAGAGCAUAGAUGACUGUGUAAAAGCUGGGUGUUAUGCGGCAAAUGUUAUAAUCCAAAGGUCAGGCUGCACCUACCCAGAGAAGCCGGAUUUCCGGUAAAAAAAAAACCACGAUGUCAUGGUGAGGCUUUUCCACUCGAGAAAGUAUUGCUUUCAACAUCGCAUGGUGUUGGUGGAUUUCUCCAAAUGUGCACUCGUGAAUUGUUGCUGUCGGAACUAAUUUGCCACAAAGGAUGCUGCUCAUGUUACUGGCGUUGGAAAACAACCAUCGGGACCUCUAACAUGUUAUUGGAGAUCUAAUUUGCCCGUGCACCUUAUUGGCAUUGCAUAAGAGACUUCCUCAUCUAUCAUCUUGGUUGCAUGUUGUUUGAGUAAUCUAUUAUGCUAACAUUCCAAUUGAAAUCUAACCUGUCGUAUAUAAGGGUUAGUAUAGCUUACCUUUUGAUGAUAUUAUUGAAUCGUAAAACUUUUGUAGAUCUGCACAAAAUGAUUAGUUCUUUCUUAUCUUGUUUA